AAACGGAAACAAUCGGUCGAUUCUUCCCCGGUUCUUGUGAUUAUUGUGAAGCCAACUGGUUUGAUUUCCGUUCAGAGGAUGAACGAGGAGGCGGAGGGGAGGGGGGCGAGGCCCGGCGUGCUUAAGGUGGUGGUGGCGCAGGGGACCAACCUCGCCAUCAGGGACUUCACCUCCAGCGACCCCUACGUCGUCGUCCGCCUCGCAGACAAGAGUGCAAAGACAAAAGUCAUCAACAGUUGCCUCAAUCCAGUUUGGAACGAAGAGAUGGUCUUCUCUAUCAGGGAACCUCUAGGGAUCAUCAAAUUUGAGGUGUUCGACCGGGACCGGUUCAAGUACGACGACAAGAUGGGACACGCCUUCCUCGACCUGCAGCCGGUGGCCGCCGCGACGAAGCUGCGGCGCGCGCUCAAGCUCACCACGGGGGAGACCAGGCUCCGGAAGGUGGCGCCGACCGCCGACAACUGCCUGCUCUCCGACAGCUUCGUGACCUACGCCGACGGCGAGAUCGUGCUCGACUCCCGGCUGCGGCUGCGCGACGUCGAGUCCGGGGAGCUCUUCGUGACCGUCAAGUGGAUCGACGCCGGCGCCACGUGACGCAGCUGCUGCAGGUAGAUGAGACGACGAUGACGAUGGUGUAGGACUGUAGGGAGCUGUUGCAUGUCUGUGUGAGCGUGUGCUGCUGUUACUGUCUGUUAUGUAUCUGAAGUUUUCAGGCAGUUCUUAACGGAACAAUUUUUUCUUAGAUAAGGAGGAUACGGGACCUCUUUUUUUUUUCUA